UGCGGCCUUUUCCCCUCUACCCCGGCUGUUAGUGCUGUGUGUGAGUGUGUGCUCCGGAGCCUGGCCUCGGCACACAUUUCUUAUUAUUAAAAAAAUAUAAAAAAAUAAAAAAAAAGCACAAAAUCCCCUCAAAAAACCCAGAAAAAUCCCCCCUCAGCUCCUCUUUUCCCCUUACGUUUUAUUUUAUUUUUUGUUGAUUUUAACCAGAGAAGCAGACGUUCCCGCCGCGCCGCCCUCCAUCGCUGAUUUUAACGCUAGAGAAAAAAAUUACAAAAGAUAAAAAAAAAAAACGGAAUAAAAGUAACGCGAAGUGAAGAGGAAAAAAAAAACAAAAAACCGCUGUACGAGCGCAACCGGGAGUCGCUGAAGAGAAGACCGGAGGAGAGAGAUCCCGAGGAGACUGCCGACAUCGUUAAACCUUAACCACCAGACAACAUGAAUCCAAGUGCUCCCAGCUACCCUAUGGCAUCCCUGUAUGUUGGGGACCUCCACCCCGAUGUCACAGAAGCUAUGCUGUAUGAAAAGUUCAGUCCUGCUGGUCCCAUAUUGUCAAUCAGAGUAUGCAGAGACAUGAUUACCCGUCGAUCUCUGGGCUAUGCUUACGUCAACUUCCAGCAGCCAGCCGAUGCUGAACGUGCUCUGGAUACCAUGAACUUUGAUGUCAUAAAGGGCAAGCCUGUUCGCAUUAUGUGGUCUCAACGUGACCCAUCUCUGCGCAAGAGCGGCGUCGGCAACAUCUUCAUCAAAAACCUUGACAAAUCCAUCGAUAACAAAGCCCUGUACGAUACAUUUUCUGCCUUUGGCAACAUCCUGUCUUGCAAGGUGGUUUGUGACGAAAAUGGAUCUAAGGGCUACGGAUUUGUGCACUUUGAGACCCAGGAAGCGGCAGAGAGAGCCAUCGACAAAAUGAACGGCAUGCUUUUAAAUGACCGCAAAGUGUUUGUUGGUCGUUUCAAGUCCCGUAAAGAAAGAGAAGCUGAACUUGGAGCUAGAGCUAAAGAGUUCACUAAUGUUUACAUCAAGAACUUUGGGGAAGACAUGGAUGAUGAGCGGCUCAAGGAAAUGUUUGGCAAAUAUGGUCCAGCUCUUAGUGUUAAAGUUAUGACUGAUGAUAGCGGGAAGUCCAAAGGAUUUGGCUUUGUCAGCUUUGAGAGACAUGAGGAUGCACAAAAAGCUGUGGAUGAUAUGAAUGGCAAAGACAUGAAUGGUAAGGCCAUUUAUGUUGGUAGAGCCCAGAAGAAAGUUGAGAGACAAACUGAGCUUAAGAGAAAGUUUGAACAAAUGAAACAAGACCGAAUCACCAGAUAUCAGGGUGUCAAUCUCUACGUUAAAAAUCUUGAUGACGGAAUUGAUGAUGAAAGAUUGCGAAAAGAAUUCUCUCCUUUUGGUACCAUCACCAGCGCUAAGGUCAUGAUGGAAGGUGGACGCAGCAAAGGGUUUGGUUUCGUCUGCUUCUCCUCCCCAGAAGAGGCCACCAAAGCGGUCACAGAAAUGAAUGGUAGGAUUGUAGCCACCAAGCCGUUGUAUGUUGCCUUAGCACAGCGCAAGGAGGAACGUCAAGCCCAUCUGACCAACCAGUACAUGCAGAGAAUGGCCAGUGUCAGGGCUGUGCCCAACCCAGUCAUCAAUCCCUAUCAGCCACCACCAUCCAGCUACUUUAUGGCAGCUAUUCCACCGGCUCAAAACCGUGCUGCAUACUAUCCAGCUGGACAAAUAGCUCAGCUUAGACCCAGCCCCCGUUGGACAGCACAGGGUGCUAGACCUCACCCUUUCCAAAACAUGCCAGGAGCCAUUAGACCAGCUGCUCCAAGGCCUCCAACCUUCAGCACAAUGAGACCAACCUCUUCAGUCCCACGUGUUGUAUCAGCUCAGCGUGUUGCAAAUACUUCAACUCAAACAAUGGGACCUCGCCCCACAGCUCCAGCUGCCGCAGCCGCCGCCGCUUCCACCGUGCGCUCGGUUCCUCAGUAUAAGUAUGCUGCUGGUGUUCGUAAUCCUCAGCAACACCUUAAUGCUCAGCCACAAGUCGCUAUGCAGCAGCCUGCUGUCCAUGUGCAAGGACAAGAGCCCCUGACUGCCUCCAUGCUGGCCUCUGCUCCACCACAGGAACAGAAACAAAUGCUGGGUGAGCGUCUUUUCCCACUUAUUCAAGCCAUGCACCCAACGCUGGCUGGUAAAAUCACAGGAAUGUUGCUGGAGAUUGAUAAUUCUGAGCUUCUCCACAUGCUUGAGUCACCAGAAUCUCUUCGCUCUAAGGUUGAUGAAGCGGUUGCUGUGCUGCAAGCUCAUCAGGCUAAGGAAGCCGCACAGAAGGUUGUAAGCAACGCUACUGGAGUGGCAGCCGUUUAACAUGCAUGCAAAUGGGAACUUUGAAGAACUUCACUUCAUCUGAGAAAAAUAUUAAAACAUGGAAAAAUUUAAAUCUCUGAAAAACACUGCAAAACAUAAAAUCAAAUAAAAAAGGAAAGGAAACGACAAUGCUUACGUACAGACAAAUGCCAGGUCUGGCCUAUCAGUGCUAGUCCUAGAUAUUUAAAAAAAAUACAAAAAAAUAGUAAAAUACAAAAACAAAUGGAAUUGUUUUUUUUAAGACCCGGGGAAAGGCAUUUUGAACACAGUACGAGAAGUUAAGCAUUCCUUUCUUUGAUUUUGUAAUUCUUUAUUGUUGAAAAGCCCAGAAUUUCGCCACAGUUGGUAUUUUGUGGGAAAGAUAGCUGAGCGAAAAAGCAUAAUUUGGAUUAUAAAAUUCUUGCUUUAAUAAAAUUACUUAAAACAUUG